AUGUGCCGGGCCGCCCGGCAGCAACCAGAUUUUGCCGUGCAUAAGCAUAGGCGUGUCCGCGCUAGGGUGAGCGAAGGAACCAUCUUCGACGCUCAACCCGGCACCCUGUUCGCACAUCGCAACGUUGCCAACCAGUUUCUCUCCACGGACCCGAACGUAGAAUCUGCCCUGGCCUACGCAACCUCAGCGUUAAACGUCCACCACAUCAUCGUAAUGGGACAUUACGGCUGCGGCGGCGUCGCGUCUGCCAUCAUGUCCCGCCCCAAGGGUCCAAACAUCGACGCUGCUCAGUCGGCUAUCCACAAUUGGAUCGAACCUCUCCGAGAGCUGUACGCCUCGUCCGACAGGGAACGACUCAAGAACCACACCCGUAUCCCCGAACCUCCCCUUCACGAACCUGGAUUCCGCGCCCUAGUAGAAGAAAACGUCAAAUCCACGGUCAGGAGAAUCGCGGAUAGCACUAUCGUCCGAAACAAGACUGGCAGUCCCGACACGUCCAACCCCUACAUCCAUGCGAUUAAGCCCAGGCCGAAACCGAGACCCCAUGUCCUCUUCAUCCACGGUUGGGUAUACGACAUCGAAACCGGCAAAAUCGUGGAUCUGGACGUCUCAAUCGGUCCACCUGGAAAAAAGAUCCCGCGCGUACCGUCACUCGAUUCUGUCCUCAAAUCGACCUCGACCUCGGCCUCUUCCACCACCACCACCACCACGACAACGAUGACGAUGACGAUGAUUUCUCCAGAAGAUGAUGAUGAAGAUGAGCAAGUCGCCGCCAACCGUGACGACGCCAUGAUUCCAGAGUCGGACCGUACUGCGACGACGCACGACGACGACGAGAAGAAUCCCCACCAACGCCCUCUCGCUUCUCCUCGACAAGCAAUAAUACCCCACAGACCCCCAUCGAUAUCUUCCGUAUCCCGUUUCCUCCAACAACUCCCGGCGAUCCCUAGCCUAAGCCAAUCCCCCCUCCCGGCUCUCACACAAGUCCUGCGACUAAUUCAAUUCGACUUGAAACGCCUGUCAAUGUGA